AUGACCUCAUAUAAUCCUGAGCCCCAGACACUGAGCUCACAUGCGCCAGAUUCACCGCGCUCUUCCCAAUCACCCCCGCCUUCUGGAGUCCAGGGUGACUUGGAAUUAGAACUUCUCGGGCUCGCAAAUGCUUUAUACAACCUCGGAACCACUGUCAUCAAUGACUCUACUAAGGAUCGCGAUAGACCAGGUGGUGCGAAGCUGGUAGGCCUUGGCGCGAAUGAGGUCGUCAAUCACCUCAUGUCCAUCGAUAACAAAGCACAGGAUAUUCGGACCAUGAUACCUUUUCAAGUUUUGUCUGAUAUCGACAACGCACGCAACCCCAUGCAGUUAACCAAAGAGCGUCUAGAACGAGCAGCUACUGAGAAUCAAUUCAUGAACGGAAAGAUAGCAGCUAUUGACUCCUACCGCAAGCUUCUGAAUGAGGCGUUAGCAUCGAACUUCCCAGAGACAGCCAAAUAUCUCCGUCCUAGUCAGGAUGACAUCAAGAUGGAGUUAUAG